AUGAUACUCCUUUUAGCCUUUUUUUGGCCAAGAUUUAAGAGAGAUGAUAGCAAACACAAUGCGAGUAUGGACAAAUCUUAUCAGAAAAGGACACUUUAUAGUUCAACGCAGUUUGAAAAAAUUCGAAUAACAUUAGAUUUUCAAUAUUUCGACGGAACUUCAUCAGAUCCUCUUAUGUGCAAAAAUAUUGGCGAUAGUAUUACAUGGCACGAUGGAAAUUAUCAAUGUACUGUAGAAGAUAUUCCGAAUUCUACAAAAAUUGAAGCAUUUAAAGGUACAAUGAACAAUGUUAAAGAUUAUCUAGAGCGGUUUCUUAAAGUUAUACAUUACUCCGACCCAAUUUUGUUAAAAUCAGAUUCUACAAGAGAGAAAUCAAUCGUUGAAGGUACAAAUAUUUCUAACACAGAUCUUUAUUUAGUAUUCUUUUUACGGCCAUUUGGAGAUAAUCCAUUUACUUCACUGUCGAUUUCAAAAAAAGAUGAAACUUACAAUCGGGCCGUUCAAGCAAACAUUUAUAUGCAACAAAGCGAUUUACCUGAUAUUGUUCAAAGUGAAGAUUCAGAACCUAAUGGUGAAUUUUAUAGUAUUUUAUCAUUUAUUCUGAGGUAUACUGCGAUUUCGGAUCAAUUUAUAUAUAAAUUUCAUCCGAAAUAUAAUUCAAAUCCAUAUACUUCAAUAGUUUGCAAUCUAACUAAGUAUGGGAAGAAGUUUUCAAUUCUUACAACUCCUCAUGCACAUCAUUUUGCAAUCAAGAACUACGGAAAUUCAACAUUUUAUGGAGACGACAAUAAUUGUCCAAGUGGAAUUGUAAUUGAAGAUAGCGGCAAUGCAGCAGGAGGCGCACCAGAAUCAACAAUAUAUUACUCUGAUAUUAGCAAUUCAGAUAGCACAAAUAAUAAAAAUGGACAAUUUAAGCGUGUGAGUGAUGUAACAAUGGCGUUCCUUUUAGAUAGUGGAAACUAUGAAGUCAAUUGGUCAAUGGGACAACCGAUGAUAUGGGGAAACAAAGAUUCGAUUAAUGGAAAAUUUAUGAAAGGAUGGCCAUUGUCACCACCACAGACAACAUUGCCUGAUAACUACUUCUUCAAUCCAAAUACACCACAAAAUACAGCAGGAUAUGUAGGGAUGCGUUAA